UAUAAUAAGCUAAUGCAGUUGUUGAAUAAAUAAUAAUCAUCGAAUUGAUUGAAGAUGAUGGGUCAUUAUUGUAAUAAUCAUAAUAAUAAAACUAAGUGAGUUAUUUAUUUAUUUAUUUUAAAUUAAUUAAAGUAUUUUUUUUUUUGACUUAGUAAUAAUAUAAUAUCUCUACAAUUCCUAUUAUUUUGCAACUAAAACUAACUAAUCCUUAUUUUUCUCUACACUAACGUUAGUAUUCUGAUUUUUUAUCUUUACUUGAUCAUACUAAAAUACUAAGUAAUAAUGCUUAAUUACUCAUAUAACAGUUGAAACUAAAACACUUGAAAAAAAUGUUUCAAAAUUCAAAAAUCUCAUCUUUUUCUUCUUCUUCAUCUCUCCACAAAUCUCCAUUGCAGAUUCAAAGGAGUAUGUCCACUGCACCAAGCAAAGUCCUUUCAUCAUGGAUUGCCAAGCCUAUUUCUUCUUCAUAUGAUAUUGAGUUAUAUGAAGUUUUGGCUACAAAAUGUGCUAACAUUGAUUCAAUUCUCAAAAAUGGAUCAUCACCUAAAGAUGUUACUCAAUUUCUUGGUGAAAUCACUAUGAAUUCAAAGACUUUAGAGCUUGUUAUAAGCUUUUGUCAAGGCUAUGAAAUUCAUAUCUCACAAGAUAAUGUGAUUCAACUCUAUUGUGUUGCUCAUCAUUUGGGAAUGAAUGAAACUCAUUCAAAAAACAAUCUUUUGAAAAGGGCUCUUAGUUAUUUUGAAAAAAAUGUACUUUCUAGUUGGGAUCAAACACUCAAGUCACUUAGAACAAUUGACAACAACAUUCUUGAUCAAGCAAUUCAACUUGGUUUAGUUGGUACUUGUUUGAAUUCCCUAAUUGCCAAGGCUCUCACCGAUCCUCGCCUUCUCGGUGAGCCAAUCAACAAUGAUGAAAACACUAGUGAUAGAGAUGAUGAGGAGGAGGAGGAGGAAGAGGAAGAGGAAGAUGAAGAGUGGCCAAAAGCAAAAAGAAGGCUUUUCGGUUUGAGUUGGCAACAAAAUGAGGAUCUUACUACAUUGUCACUCAAACUCUAUGAGCCUUUAAUCUAUGAAAUGAUCAAGAGAGGUGUUCCAUUAAACUAUGUGACAUCUUCACUUCUUAACUAUGUUAAGAAAAGGGUGUUAAUUCCCACUAUGACAGAGAGAAAUUCAGAGAAAGAAAUCAUUGAAGCUGUGGAGAAACUUUUGCCAAGAGAAAGAGGACUAAUCAUAAUUCCUUGUUCUAUAUUGCUUGAGAUUCUAAGAUCAGCAAUGUUAUUCAAUGCUAGCUUGGAAUGUUUAGAAGGUUUGGAGUUUAGAAUUGGAACAAAUCUUCAUCAUGCAAGUGUUAAAGAUCUCAUGAUAAUCUCUCAAAACCGAGUUGACAUUGAUUGCAUAAGAAGGAUUUUGAAGCACUUUUAUGGAAACUACUCAAGUUCUCAUUUGACAGGUUUGAUUUUAGUUGCUGAACUAUUUGAAGAAUUCUUAGCUGAAAUUGCUAGUUGUGAUAUAGAUUUAAAGUUAGAGACUUUCAUGGAAUUAGCUGAGUUAUCAGUUAGUUUAUCAAUGGGAACUAAUAGAAACUCAGAUGGAUUAUACAGAGCUAUUGACAUUUACUUAGACAAACAUAAGUACUUAACCGAAUCAGAGCGAGAGAAAGUGUGUCAAGCUUUAGAUUUCAACAACAUGUCAGAAGAAGCUUGUGAUCAUGCUGCGAAAAACGAAAGGCUCCCAUUGAGAGUGACGAUUCAAGUAUUGUUUGUGGCACAAUUGCAACUUAGAGAGUCAAUCAUGAAGGAAGUUCAAGGUUGUCAAGGUAGCGCUCGGUUUGGGGAGAAAAAGGAGGAAGAAGAAGAAGAAGAAGAAGAAGAAGAGGCGAGAUUGGUGUGUGGUGAGGAGGAGAGCAUGAGGAUUGAAAUGGAGAAGAUGAGUAUGAAGCUAGUUGAGCUUGAGAAAGAGUGUUGUGUUAUAAAGAAGGAGAUUGAGAAAGAUGAGAGUAAGAAGAAAAAGAAGAAGAAGAAGAAUGAAAAAGAGAAAGAGAAGAAGGUGAGUUUGUGGAGAGAAAUGAAGAGAAAGUUUGGUUGUGUUAGUAAUAGUAAUUGUAAUGUGAGUAAUGAUUCGAAUCGCCAUGGAAAGAAUCAGAAUCAAAAUCAGAAUUAUCAGAAUAAGAAUAAAAAGAAGAAAGUGUAAUGAUCGUAAUAGAAGGAAGUGAAUUGUUUUUGCUUAGUUCUUUAAUUCAUUUAGUAUAAUAAUUGUUUUUUUUUUUGCUUUCUUAGAGAAAUUAAGAGCUCUAAGAUGAAGAAGAGAUCAUUAAGUUUGUUAAGUUUAUAUUUUUUUUGUUGUUGUUGUUUUGAUUGUUUAAACAUUUGGAUGGUUUUUCACAAACAAGUGUCUUCUUUUGUACUUUCCUAUGAUUAUGUUUUUAAUAAUUAGCAUGCAUUUAUAUCUUUACUAUAGAUUAUUUCAUUAUUUAUAUAAAUUUUUUCCAUCUCAUUGAUUGUUAAAAUAUUAUAUAGUAUCAUUACUCAAACUAUACAAGUACACUCAUAUAUUUAUCUCAUAUUUUGUUUAAAUAAUAAUAAUAAUAAUAAUAAAUCAUAUUUUUAAUUUAUAUUUUUUUGCUAGAACAUUAUAAUAAUAUAUUUAAAUAAUGAUUUAGCAAAGCACCUUCCUUUUGUCCAAAUGAAGAAUGAUUUGUUUUGAAUUUUGAUAUGAUAUGCAAUAAACAAUUUAAAUAUAAU